AUGGAACACGAGGCAGGGAGAACCGUGGACAUUUUCCUCGUCCAGGAAACAGCAUGGCAGGAGGACAUGGAAUAUUCCACCAACUCCCAGGCUGCUCAUGCUGUCAACUGGCAUGUUAUACACUCCACGGGGAAGGACCGAACCGGAAUACUUUGCAUGGUUCGGAAAGGCCUGCUCCAGCCGGACCAAAUCCGCACGUCCGGCGUGCUCCCUGGUCGUCUCUUGCACAUCAGACUGCUUUUCCAUACUCCGUUAGACAUCUUAUGUAUUUACCAACACGCUUGGAACAUGCAGAACUCCUCACUUCGAGGUGCUAACAAGAAAGAGGCCUUGCUGGCUCUUCGCCGGAGGGUCUGGAAUGCAGUUGACAAAUGGCUUCUGCAGAUCCCGCAACGCCAUGGCUGUCUUAUUGCAGGUGACUUCAACCUCACGAUCCACUCUGAGGACCACAUCUGUGGCACUGGGAGCCCGGACCAGGGCCCCCCACAUCCUGACCAAGGCAUCCUCAUGGAUAUUCUGCGGGCACAUCGGUGUUGUGUUCUCAACACAUGGGGGAAACGAGGGAUUGCCAGCCGAACCUACCUCCCCCCUGGAGCAGACAGCAGGCAACAUGGCACGCAGAUCGACCUGAUGAUUGGUCGCGGCCACAUGGUUGACACUGUCUCUAAGCAGUCAGCCCCUCUGGAUGCCCCCUUUGUCCCAGGCAGUGGCUGCCGACAUCGUCCUCUCCAAGUCUUCCUGCCACGACCUCGUCGACCGACCCAUGUGUCCUUUGGUGCCCCACUCAAACCCUACCAGGUCAAGCAGCGACUCCACCAACCGGGCUUUGCUCCGCUUCUCUAUCAGGCCACGGCUCAUAACCUGCAGGAGAUCUCUGGACUAGAGUCUAUUGAUGAGAUGCUGCUGGCAGGAUGGAACUCCUCGACCCACCACUGGUCCACUGCCCAGGCAACACCGGCUCCAUCUCCCACGGUGGACUUGGAGGGACCCCUAACCACGAGCGUGCAGGAAAUGUGGAAUCUUCGAUCUCGACUCCAACAAGCAGGUGGUGCUCUCCACGAGUGGCGCCGCCAAGGCCCCGAGACCCGACAUGCCUUUCGAGCUUGGGCCCUAGCCACCAGACUUCAACAACACACACGUGCCCUUCGCAAAGCAUGUCGUCUCCGGAAAACAGCUGCAGUGGCAGAGGUAGUUGCCUCUUCCAAUGUGUUUCAAGCAGCCAAACGAUUUGGUCCGAAGGCCCCACGGCGAAGACUUCAGCUCCGCCGGGAAAAUGGAAGCCUACAGACACACGAGGAAGAAUUUGAUCAAAUCAAAGACUACUUCACUGCCUUAUAUCAUGCCCCACAGGAGAUCCAACAGCCUGCUCUUCCAGAAGACCUACACUUCUCUGAGCUGGAGGUCAGCAUGGCGAUGCGGCGCAUUCAGCCGACCAAGGCCAUGCCUUCUUGCAGUGCACCGUCCAUGCUGUGGAAAUUCUUCGGCCCUGAUGUUGUUCGACCUCUUUGUCGACAAUUUGCCCAGAUCCUCACCAAAGGUUGCACAGCCCUGCCAGAAGCUUGGAAUAUCAGUGAGCUCAUCCUGAUCCCCAAGCCAAACAAAACAUUGAGCACUCCGGCUCACUUAAGGCCCAUAUGCCUCCUCCCGCUGCAGCCCAAGCUCAUUGCGGCAAUCCUGGCAGGCCGUCUCCAGCAAUACGUGACACGCUUUCUUCAUGAUCUUCCUCAGUUCGCGUAUGUGCAGAACAGGACUAUGUCGCAGUGCUUGGAACGGGCUGUGGCACACUGUGCCACUGUCCGAAACCUCAUACAAACACAUGCUCCUACGCUGUACACCAAGAGGCAAGGACGCCUUGACCUUAGGCUAUACGGCGGGUGCCAACUAUCACUUGAUGUCUCCUGUGCAUAUGAUCAUGUGCCCAGAACGGCUUUGGAGCAGUCCCUCAAUGCUGCACAAGUGCCACAGGCCCUUGUACAAGCUGUUGUUCUGAUUCAUGAGCAAGCCCAAAUCAAGAUCAGUCACGGUGGCCAGGCUGCCUACAUCCGUUUGCGAAGGGGCUUAAGGCAGGGAUGUUCACUCUCUCCUCUGCUGUGGGCUGUGUAUAGCGGCUUUGUCCUUCAGCACCUCCACCUACCGGGCACUCUGGACGUGCCCAAGGACAGCAAUGUGUAUGCUGAUGACAAGCACUUUGCGUGGGUCAUCCGAUGUGGCAAGGACAUGGAAAACGCCUAUGCAGCGAUCAAACAUGUCCUUGCUGGCCUUCUUCGCUCUGGCCUCAAAAUCAGCUUCGAUAAGACGGUGGUACUGUUAGAGCUUCGUGGUCCACAGGCCAACAGUGUGAUGACAAGAUACGUGGUAAACCUGGAGAAAGGCCAGCAUAUGAAGUUCAUCAUUGAGGGCAAGCCUGUGUUCAUCCGUAUAGUGACACAACACGUGUACCUUGGAUCGAUAAUCAGCUACCGCAGGUUCGAAGCCCAAAGCUUCAAACACCGGCUCCAAAUUGCCAAGAAUGCCUACACCAGGCUGAAGCCCAUUCUUUGCAAUCGGUCUGUUCCGCUGCAUCUGCGACUUCAGCUCUGGAAAGGUUGCAUAUGGCCGGCUGCUCUACAUGGUCUGGACUGUACUGGUCUGACUCACAGUGAUCAUCAGACUUUACAUGUUGAGCUCAUCAAGCAAGCCAGGGCCAUAGCCAAUUCACAGUCGAUGCUCACCAAGGAAUCCAACGUGAAGUUCCUUCAGCGUCUCCGCCUGACUGACCCCGUCACCAGACUGCGAGAUUCCAUACAGCGUCGAGACCAGCAUGACCAACUGCUGGGCCCAGGUCUUCAACCAUCAGAGGAGCAACUUCAAUGGCGAGCCCUCCUGAGAGGGCAGGUUGCUGAGUCUGAGUCCACUGCCUGGAAUGCACAGCCACCAAUGCAAUCCAGUACGAAGCUUAUGUGCGUUGACAAUGUCCUCAGUGAAACCUUCAGCUGUGAUGUAUGUGGCCAGGAGUUCACAACCCAGGCAGCGCUCAAACGGCACAUGUUCAAGUCUCAUUUUGAUCAGCAACAGAGAGAAGACCGCACUGAAGAAGUACGAGAAUUACGCAACAAACCCAGCAUGGUGCACUCCCUCGACGGUAUGCCCCAGUGCCGUCACUGCAAACAUGCAUUUGGGACUUGGCACGAGUUCUUCUACCAUGUUAGUUCUCGAAGCUGCCAAAUGCUGCGCUACAUUUAUGAUCAGCCUGACCCCGAAACCACCAUCCUGCCUCUUCUCAGCGAAGCUUUGAUCGACUCUGCUGAAAUCCUCACCUUAACCAAAGACUGCAAGUGGCAAGACCUGGCGCAACUCCCGCUGGUAGGGCUCUUGAUCUGGCUGGAAAUACGGGACAACCUGGGGCGGCUGUCCUCUCCCCACAUGUUCGAGAACAUGUUCGAACACCGAGGAGAACUUCCAGUCCCGGACGAGCUGAAGUCGGCGACCCAGGACCUCAACUUCCUGCGAUCUCUUCUACCAGCAAUGAACUUGGACCAGCUCACGAUGGAUGUCGACCCGGAGGAGUUCCCGGACCAAGACCUGGACGACCGCCCUCCCAAGUGGCAAAAGCCAGGCCCCAAGGGAAGCCAGCACCGCGGAAGAGGAAAGGGCAAUCAACCAAAGGGGAGCCAAGCAUGGACCUCCGCAAACUCCUGGGGAGGCAAGGACUGGGCCAACCGGCGGCCCAACAAGAACUGGCAGCAGGCACCGUGGCACCAGACUCCCUCAGCUCACACCUCGGACGGAGAGCUGACGAAGCGACAGAACAAACAGCUUGCGGAACUGAAAGCCAUAGUGAGCUUGCUGACGUCCCUCGUCCUACGCCAGGAAAUCCAGCUCAACCUCCACAAACAGGACACCUCCUACGUGGUGUUCAUCAACACGCAGGAGCAGCAGAGCUUGGCGCACACCUUGCACGGAGUGGGAGUCCAGUGGCACAAGGUGAAACAGGAAACUCCGGAUCAGCUCAACCACCCGAUGAGGGUCGUGAUGUUUCAGCACUUUGUCGAAGUGGUUCAGACGAAGUUCCUUCGCAUGAUUGCCAGCCCGUCAUCUCGCUCACAGGCAGCAGAACGAGGUCUCCUUCAGGAAAGCGAUGGCUACAUCCCGGCCCUCCGAUGGGACCCCAAGCUGAAGAAGCACAUCAGGGACGACCACAUCGAGGCUCUGAGCCAGACGGAGAUCAAGGAGGCCUUGCAAAGGCUGUUGGUACUCUGCACGACAAGACAGAGUACUCAUGCGGUUCCACGGGAUGAGGAAGCUCUCCGAAGAGUACGACUCACCCACACUGGGGAUGUUCUUGGAGGUGGGCACGCGAGUAAAAGAGGCCGAGGAGUUUUGGCACCUGUUACAUCGCCUGAGCCAAUCAGCCACACGGCUGGCGGCGGGCUGUUUCAUGAGGCACGAGCGCCUCCGAAUGAGUGCCUUAGCGAAAAGGCUUGCAGCGGUAUCACAGUAAGCCUGAUGCAGCUUGGCAAUCUUCAGAACUUCUGCUACUCGAAUGCUGUCCUUAAGGCUUUGCUUCACAUGGCUUGUCACAGUGGCUCGCUGUCUACCGUGUUCGCAAGCCAGCAUCACCAGUUCCUGCUGGCAAUUGCCCGUCGCUCUCAGGCGGCAGUUGUCCAUUUGUGGCAGCACCCGCUUUGGCUUUCCAUAGUGCGAGGUUGGCAACACCCUGCCAGACAACAUGAUGCUGCGGAGUUUCUUGAGCAUAUCUGUGGCAGUUCGUUGGUGCUUAAUGAUAACAUCGAAUGUGUGUGGCAGGCUAGGAAAAGCAACCAAGCCUCCUACCGGAUAGAUGACUGCGGCCAAUCUGCCCCGAUCACGCUCCUGCCUCCCUCUACUGAUUGCGAGGGUGUCCGCUGUUGUGUUUCAGUCCAGGAUUUGAUCAAUCAGUGGCAUAUUCAGGAGCAGGUCCAUGCCAUGGUCAUAGCCUCACAAUUUUUGGUUCUGCAAGCUAACCGCUUCAGUUUUAUGGCUGAUACCCACCGCACUGCUAAACGGCACUAUCGUAUUCGGGCUGAUUUGGAGAUUGACUUUCCUUGUUUCGUUUGUAACACCAGCGUGGAAUGCUGCCAGGUGCGGUAUCGCCUUAGUUCAGUGGUGACUCAUCGGGGCGAAGCCCCCACACACGGCCAUUACCAAACUCUUCUUUAUGAUGCUCAUACUGAUGCUCCAGCUGUUCGUCUGGCUGAUGAUGGACGUCAGGCCACCCGAAUCAGUGCUGAGCAGCUUGAAACUAUGGGUUGUGAAACCUACUUGUUCUUCUAUGUUCGCUGUUAA